AUGUCUAUGUUUAUAGAUAAUUUGCAAAGCCGAUUUGCUGGCUACCACCUGUAUCUGUCCAAUACCACCGAGAACCCCACACAAGGCGUCCUCUGUUAUGAGGACAAGAGUAGUACUGAAGCAGAUGUAGAGUUGGUGGUGACACAUCAGUGCCCGUAUGUAGCUCGGUAUGUGACCGUCUACAACUAUAGGAACAACUCCAAACGGUACAACUGGUAUGACAAUAACGCAUUCCUGGAACUUUGUGAAGUUGAAGUGUUUGGAUGUGUAGUAGGAAAAUAUGGAGCAAAUAACUGUAGUCAGGCCUGUUCAGUGAAUUGCUAUGGCGGGAACUGUGAUCCAACAGAUGGGACCUGUUUCGAGUGUAUUCCAGGGACGUACGGCAAUGUGUGUGAAUACAGGUGUUCUACAUAUUGCGCAAACAACGAAUGUUCUAAAGAAACGGGUCGAUGUGUUGAAUGCCCCCAGGGAAGAUUCAAUACAACGUGUCAUACUGAGUGCCCCAUCCACUGUGACGUCAACAAUUGUACGAGAGAGGAAGGUUUUUGUUAUUAUUGUGCUACAGGAUAUCACGGCAGUAGAUGUGACCAGGAAUGCUCCACAAACUGUAAAGACAGCCUCUGUGAUAUGGACACUGGUCACUGUUAUGAAUGCCUCAAAGGGAAGUACAAUACAACAUGUGAUACCAACUGCCCCGUCCAGUGUGCUGUCAACAAUUGUACCAGAGAGGAAGGCUUUUGUUACGAAUGUGAUCCAGGAUAUCAUGGCAGUAGAUGUGACCAGGAAUGCUCCACAAACUGUAAAGACAGCCUCUGUGAUAUGGACACUGGUCACUGUUAUGAAUGUGCUCCAGGAUAUCAUGGCAGUAGAUGUGACCAGGAAUGCUCCACAAACUGUAAAGACAGCCUCUCUGAUAUGGACACUGGUCACUGUUAUGAAUGCCUCAAAGGGAAGUACAAUACAACAUGUGAUUCCAACUGCCCCUUCCAGUGUGCUGUCAACAAUUGUACCAGAGAGGAAGGCUUUUGUUACGAAUGUGAUCCAGGAUAUCAUGGCAGUAGAUGUGACCAGGAAUGCUCCACAAACUGUAAAGACAGCCUCUGUGAUAUGAACACUGGUCACUGUUAUGCCUGCGAAGCCGGUCGAUACGAAAGGAAUUGCAGCCUGUUAUGUGGUCAGUGCGACUUAUGUACAAUGGACUCGGGAGUAUGCGAGACUGACUGUUAUUCUGGAUUCGAAGGACCUACGUGUGAAUCGGCAAGUGAGGAUCCUGUGGGCCCCGGACCAAUUGCAGGAGCAGUGGGUGGUGCCUUUGUAUUGAUUAUCAUCAUCGCAAUCGUCCUAUUUGUCAUUAUCAGAAGGCGUAGACUGGAUUCCAGUAGACAGCGGUCCUCUGCAAACAUUGCCAGAAAGGAAAUAGCUGAAAGCCAUAUCUACAUCAAUUCAAUAUCUGCGAUCCGAGAAAUGUCGGAUGAAGAUCCAGAAGAACCUUCCCAAAACAGCUGCAAUGUUUACGUCAAUACUGAAGAAGUAGUUAAAGAUGGAAACACUUCAGAUGUCGUCUACUGCAAUUCUGGUGACCUAGGGGUUGCGGUUUCAGACCUCAAAUCUUUGGUUAAAUCUAAGAUGCAAAACAAGGCGAAAGCUUUCAAGGACGAGUAUGCGUCAUUGCCAUCAGGAGCACUACACGAACAUGCAACGGGAUUGCUAUCGGAAAACAAGCCGAAAAAUAGAUUUAAGGCAACAUAUCCAUAUGACCAUUCAAGGGUGAAACUUGACACAUUGGCGGAGGAUCCGAACUCUGAUUAUAUCAACGCUAACUACAUUGAUAGUAUGACGCAGACUGCUGAAUACAUAGCCACACAAGGUCCAAGACCUGGAACCAUUGACGAUUUUUGGCUUAUGAUCUGGCAACAGCAUUCCGGCAAAAUCGUUAUGCUUACCAAUCUAGUCGAAGGAGCAAAGCCGAAGUGUUCCAAGUACUGGCCAGAUGAAGAGGAACCUCUCUCAACACCACAUUUUAACAUCGUCCUAGACAGAAAGCGAGUCUACGCCUCCUAUGUCAUCCAGGAUCUUACCAUCACAGAAAAGAAGACUAAGUCAGAACGACAAAUUCACCAUUUUCACUUCACCACGUGGCCCGACCAUGGAACACCGGACCUAACCGAAAUUGUCGUAUUUCAUCGCCGCGUGAAACAAUACGCAAGUUUCUUGACUGGAAAGGUGGUUGUACAUUGCAGUGCUGGAAUUGGAAGAACGGGAACUUUUAUUGCUCUGGACGCCCUGGUCAAGUAUGGAAGAGACCACGGGAGGGUUGACGUUAUGGGCUACAUCAGAACUAUGAGGAAAGACAGAAUGAACAUGGUUCAAACAAGUGAUCAAUAUAUAGCGAUACACCACAUGUUGAUUGAAGCCUUUGACAUGCCAGAUACUCUCAUACCGAAAAUGAGGUACCACACAACACUGGCCAGUCUUUCUAAUGGGGCGCCUACACACCAGACAAAAAUCAGAAAAGAGUACCAGUUAACGCAAACCCUAAAACCAGCAUACACGCAGGAGGACUUUGAAGGGGCUCUACUAGAAGAAAAUAGGAAUAAGAACUAUACGAUAUCAGUUCUAGCAGUUGAUAAAUUCAGAGCAUACCUGAAAUCACAAUCAAAGGAGAGGACGGAUUACAUCAAUGCUGUAGUGGUGCCAUCCUACACGUCCAGGACUGGAUACAUUGUCACCCAGACACCUUUGGAGGAGACUGUGGUUGAUUUGUUGACAAUGAUGAAAGAUAACUACUUUGAAACUAUCGUCAUCAUAGAGAACGAUUUCAUAAAUUGGAUGCCACCAGUAGAUGAAGUAAAAACAUUUGGAGAAUUCACGUUACUCCUGGACAGAAAGUCGACAUAUAUCGAAAAUUUGGACUUGCUAGAAGUCACAUUAGAACAUCGGACUGACGAUUUCUUACAUAAAAUAUGUGUAUUCCACCUGUCUGGCUGGGAUAACCAAUCGUCCGACGUACCGGAACAGUCAUCCCUGCUACAGCUAUUAGAGCUUGUCAACGGCAGACGGAAGUCGGACAAGUCGAUACCGACAUUGGUCAUGUGCCGAGACGGGUAUUCCCAGAGCGGAAUGUUCUGCUGUAUCAGUAAUGCUAGAGAACAGUUGAAGAUGGACGAAGAGGUCGACGUAUUUCAGAUUACUCGUCAGUUACUCGUGAGGCGUCCGGAAUUCAUCAUAAAUUUUGAACAAUAUCAGUGUGUCUACAGAAUGAUCAAGGAGUACCUGGACAGUACAGCUUUGUAUAUGAACUGACAUAACCCAGUACCGGUGUUGCUACGUCAUGAUAAAGAUGUGUCUAUAUCCAGGAGACACGCAUAUGAAAUCUUUCUCGUUAUUCUUACUACAUGAUCACGAUUUAUCUGGUUCCUAAACACGUGUUUAUGAACUGACAAUGUAGGACAAGUACCAGUUUAACACAUGAUGAAGAAUUACCUGGAUAACAUAGACGCGUACUGUAUGUGUACUGACAUUGUAGGAGCUUAACAAGUGUUAAAGAAAAUGGUCAAGGAUUUCCUGGACACUGCAACGUGUUUCGUAACUAACAUUGUAGGACACGUACCAAUAAAACACAUUAAGGGAUUAUCUGGACACAACAGACGUGUAAAUUAGCUAGUAAGUUUGACAUUGUCUAAUAAACUCGCGUCUAGAUUCAACUUCUAGCAGGUUUGUCCAUUGAGACGGGAUUGAAGAACCCUUUUGUGGUUAUGGCAGAUUUAUUAACAUUUUUGUUGCAGAUCUAUGAACCUAGCAGAUGGGAAUAUUGUUUAUGUCUUUCCACAUUACAACACCUGGUUCGCGGAUGCUUUCAUUUCGGACGGUUAAAUGUUGCUUUGAAAGAAUUCCCCAAAUAACCAAUAAUUGAUGUGCACCUCACCAUUCUUAGACGCUACAUUUGAAUAAUUUUUGUGUUAUGUAAUAAAUUUGAGACAUUUUGACGAACCGUAAUCUUUAUUCUAAGACAUUAGUUUUAUUGAAUGAAUUCUUCAACAGGAAAUUUAGAAUAUAAUAAUAUUUUACAGAAGAUUUGAAGAUUGUGGAAGUAUAUUGCUAAGUUAAAUGAUAAAUAAAAUAUAAACCUCUGAAAUAAUGAAUAACAUUUUAUUUCCUGGAAAUGUUGAUUUUUGAUGGUAAACGCGUUUCAAGAACCGUAAGAGUAGGCUUGAUCUUACAAAUGUUUCUUUUCGUGUCCAAUAUAGUAUCGUUCGAAAUUAUCGGUAAUAUUUUGCGUACUAUGACUAUUAAAACUCGUCACGUGAUACUUAUUACGCUCUUUUAUACUUGUCACUGUAAAGCGUUACAAACUUUUCUUUUAAUGAUGUUUUUGACGAAAAGGAAUCAAUCACUUCGGAGAUUAAGAUUAUUGGAGCACAAAUAUUUGUAUAUAAUCACCAGAAUAAAGACGUAAAGAAAGCAGCAUGGAAAUGGUACUUGUUACAUGUACCAUAGUAAGUGGGAUACACGAACUGGGAAUUCAUCGUUGUCUCAUAUUGACAUCUUUACAGUGAGCUAUUAUAAAUUACACUAGAUAUGAUUACAGAAAUUAUCAUCAAAUUCAAAACAUAGUGGUAUAUAUAUGAAGAUUUUAUGCUAUAUUCUUUCAAUAACAAACAUAUAACAAAAUAUAUUUAUUAUGAUUUUAAUAUCUUGAUUAGAGCAGAGACGUAUAAUACAUAUAUUAUACGUCUCUGAUUAGAGGUUAAACACAAAAACACUUUUAUUUACCUUCCCUUCUUCUCGAUCGACAAAUCAGACGAAGUGUUACAAAUUACAAGGUUACUUUUAUGUUAUGUCAAAUAAUUAGUAACAUGAACAGCAAAGCCAGCAUUUUUUUGUUUACGUUAUGAGGAGAUGUUAUUUUAAUGUAUCCGCUUAAAUAUAUAAAUUACUACAGAACAGAAUGGAGCUAAAAUUAUAAUAAAACAAUUCGACAACUUGUACGUAUUAGGACUCGCGGUGAGUGGGAAAAGUAUUAUGUAUAUCAUGUCCAAAAUACGAAUCCAUGUGGGUUAUUUCUGAAUAUAUGUCUCAUGAUUGGAAGGGUAUUGAAUUUUGUUCUACUUCGAGUGUAACGAUGAUAAAUUCCAUGCCUAAAAGCGUGAAAGAGAAUAAAAUACAGCAACCCAUACAUAUAUUGUUGAAUAAACUGUA